AUGUCAUCGCAUCGCGCAGGGGCGUUCCCAACGUGGCAGACUUGUUUUUGCCAAAAGUUUUGUUUAAUUCCUUAUCGAUUUUCAUCAAUAACUGGCAAAGGCACAUUUUUGCAGGGCGUGGCCGAUGACCGCUUUGACUUCGGCUUCGGCUUCGGCUUCGGCUUCGGCUUCGACCUUAGAGUAGAGAUUCAUUUCACCCCUCGGCGCGCGGAACCGGUUACCAAUAACAUAUGUCAGCCAGCGUUGCGAGUCGUAUGUCGUAAACUUUCAGCUGGUUCGGUUGGUUGCCCUUCCAACGAAGAUGCCACAGUACGAGAAUAUGACGAAGGUCCGACGACGACGACGGAGGUCAUGUGA